ACACCCCUCAAAGUGAAAAUGCUGGGCCCCUUCACCUUUGAGCCUUCCUACCUGCUUUUCCCACCCACCAAGGCCAAGUGGAAGGCUAACAUCAUCAGUAACGCUUGAGCCAGAACCCAGACUCUGCUACCUCCAGCAGAUCUGCUGGAGCUACACAGAAGACACAGCUGUAGCUCACUCAGCCCUGGCCAGGCAUCGCGUGCUAGUCAUACAGUAGAGGAACAGGUGGGGAAGGGCCGUGCAAGCCUUUAAAGAGGAAAGAGAGUGGGUGAUGUCUGAUAAUAAAAUGACAGUGGUAAUGUGUGCAAAGACAGAAGUGAUGGAAACUGGCCAGACUGAGGGAAGGCAGCCAGGUGGUAGAUGGGGUUGGCUCUGUGCCUCUGGAGGUACCUGUUAAAAUGUGAUGACCCCCUAGAAGAGACACUGGUUAAUCCUCCAGGGAGACCAAGACCUGGAAAGCCUGGUGUCCCAGAAUUGGGAAAGCUAGGAAGCUUGUGGGAGAAGUAGCGUGAGUGGAGUGAGCACAGGGAAGCCCCCUAGUCAAGAGAGCCUUGUACUGCAGGCAGUGUACAAAAGCCUGGGUGGCCAGUCUUGCUACUUGGACCUCUGUUUUCCUUGUUGGGGAAAAAUAAAAACGUCAGAUCCCACUCAUGUUUGUUUUUAAGUGUGUGAUGGCUAGGAAGCCAAGGCUACUCAGAGAAAUUGGUGAGUUUAAGUUGGCUGAGUUGUCCAUCACUUCAGGUGAAAGGACCUGGUAUAUCUCAUGGUUGACUUUUAUAUUUUGAGACAAGGUUUCAUACAGUCACAGCCUCCUGGGUCCUAGAGGGGUGAAUAGCACUCCUGGACGCUACUGUAAAUUUGAAGGCUACAUUGUUAAAUUUUUAUUUGUUCCUGGUAUUGACACUACAUAGACUUCCACAACUGUUUGGUCAUGACCCAUAUAGUUAAAAAACUUUUUCUGCCAGACAUGAUGGUGCUUGUCUUUAAUCCCAGCACUCAGUGGCAGAAGCAGGUGGAUCUCUGAGUGAAAGGCCAGCCUGGUCUACAGAGCAAGUUCCCAGACAACCAGGACUACUCUGAGAAACCCUGACUUGUAAAAUUAAUACUGCCCGUGUAAGCUACACAGCCAUGAUUUGAUGUGGCUCUUAACCUGGGGACAGGCAUGAGCACCCUUGUUACUGGAGAAGCAAAGGGCUCCACACGGAGUGAAGUUGCCCAAAGUCACAGUGCCCAGUGCUUUUUGACGUAAACUGGUGUUCAGUGCUGCACACAGCUUCCCUGGGUGGGAAUGCAAUAUCCUGUGUCACAGAUGCUGCAAAUCUCGUACAGCCCUGACUCUAGCCCCUCCCAGAAACAAGACCCAAGGGAGAAAAGAGAAGCCCAUACACCUUAGGUCUUAGGUCUUCUGUGGGUCAGUCUGGCCUCCACUCCACUCCUUCUCUGCCUGGAUGCCCACACAAAGGCCUGGUGCCCUGGAGCCAUCAUUGGCUCCCCCACUCUGGUGUGUAAGAGGACGAGGUGACUGGCAUUCGCUGGGGACAGUGAAGUCCGUGCCAGCCUUUCCUUGCUUCUGCCGCAAGGCUGCCAGCAUUCCGAGUGGGCUGCAGACAAAGUGGGAAGGGGCAGGCUUCUCAGGAACCACGCUAGCUGGAGACAUGGCACUCAGGAUCCAAGGACCUUUGUGAGAGGAGCUGGGGUCACACUGAGUCCGUCAAGGCUCAGCCCCAGCACCUACAGCCACUUCCUGAGCGAAUAGUUUUCACCCGAGACCCAGUUGUCUCCUCACUGAUGGAAUGGGGGCAAUCCAGAUUCCUCUCCAGGCACUGUGGUCAGACUUCGCCGAGACCUGGGAGUGUUCUCUGCAGAGUGUCCAGCCCGUCAGUGCCCAGGAUGAGGAAUAAGCAGAGACUUAACUUCUGGAGCAAAUGGAGUUUUAGGCAAAGGAGUAACGAGUUGGGGAAAGAAAGCCACAGUUCAUUACUUCAUCCACGUCUAACAAAUGUUUGCUAAUGUCGCCAAUUAUGCGGCAGGUUCUGGAACUUGGUGCCAAGACUCUAAAGCCUACUGGGGCAGUAAAGAGUUCCCAGGGCAGACAGGGUUAGGCAAGGGCUAAAGGGGAAGUUUGGUGAAGGUAGAGGUGUAGGAAGGGGGACCAGAUGUCAAGGAACUGGAAGACGAGUGAGUGACAGGUGGGAAAGGUGUUAUGGCAAAGAUUGUCCCUGGGGUGACAAUCCCAGUGAGUCGUGGGAAACCCAGGAAGCUUCAUGGUGGGGGCUGAAGGUUGGCACCCGGCAGCCUGCCUGGGAAGUUGCCCCACAAAUCCAGAUGUAAAGCAGUGAAGAUGGAGAGGAUGGAGCAGGCCUGUGGGAGGGGAGCUUCUGCUUGGAAACAGGAGGCAGACAGCCAUUGUAAAGGGAGACCCGUUCUGGGGCCAGAGCAAGCAGGAAAGAAGGGAUGGGGCGGGCCCGAACACGCAAACUGCAGAUUGAGAUGCUGUGAGCUUGCUUGAAGUGUGUGUGUGGGGGGGACACCUGGGCAGACAGCAGUCUAGGGGGAUACAAGAUAGCUGUGGCCAUUGCCCAGCCAGAGGGCUGGCAAUACAGUGUGGUACAUCUCGGAAAUCAUACACUGAUCAACAGUGGUGGGGCCUUAUUGUGCAGGGAUGGACCCAAUUGAAGGGCACUGAGUCGAAAACAAUCUUAAAAGGCCCCACAUCUCUUCCUGGAACUUCUCAACCACCAUUACCAAUCUAGAGCGUCCCCCUAAAUCCACCUGUAUAAUCUGUAUAUAGCAGCCAGCAGCUGAGCUCCCGCAGCGUGCUGUAUUAAGGUGAAUAGAAAUUAGAUUUAGUGCUUAGACUUUGGCAAAACAGGCAAGGGAAUAUGUCAGUUUUCAUACUGGUUACACAUUAAAAGAACAUAUUGGGUAGGUUGGUAUAAAUCAAAGUAAUUGGUAAAAGUUAAUUUCAUCUUCACCUUUUUAAUGUGGCCACUAGGAAAUGUAAAGUCUCCUGCAUGCAUCACAUUUGUCCUAGGGGGUUUUGCUCUCCUAGCAUUCUCCAGUAAACACGAAUACAGCUCUUGGGGGGGCGGCAUGCCUGUAGGCACACGACAUACUAGGGGACAGGCUCCGCCCACAGACGUGAGACCUACCUCUCCAUGGAGGUCUGGACUGGUCUCUGUUCCAAUGUGCAUGUACCCAUUUACACUUCUCACUGGCCACACUGACCUCUGCUGUUAGACACACACAGUGCCAUCACUCAGACUCUGCUGGGCUUGCGUACGUCCAUAUCUUUUUCCUACUGCUUCCUAUCAGCUAGUUUUUUAGGGUUUUUUUUUUGUUUUGGUUUGGUUUGGUUUGGUUUUUUUUGUUUUGUUUUGUUUUUAGCAAGCAUACAAAACAUCAGGUUCCACUAUGGCGUUCUUAGACAGGCCUGUCAUCAAAAUUCACUCAUUUUUGUCUUCUUUCCUCUUUCUUAGUCCCCUCCUCCCUACAUACUUCCUUUUUCUUUUUUAUUAUGUGUGUGCACGUGCGUGUGUGCAUGAGCGUGCUACAGUGCAUAUGUGGGGGUCAGGACAACCUGUAGGAGGAGUCAGUCCCCUCUCAUCCCCUUCGACAUGGCAGCAAGCACCACCACCAUUCCACCAGCCGGCAUGUGCUUUUUCAAGUCCUGCUCGAACAGUCUUGGACUGUCUGCUGUGUAGACUGGAGAUCCCGUGACAGGAAGGGGUGACACCGAUGUGCACCACAGUGCACAGGCCAUGAUUCGAAGGCUCCUUCAGCCCUGCGAGAUGAUGUGGACUUUAUCUUGCAGUUAGCGGGAGCUGUUCUCUAUUCCUUCAUUUAAAAAUCAAUGCAGUUUAUGAAGACCUGAAUUUGAUCUCAGAACCCACUUUAAAAAAAAAAAAAAGCCAGGUGUUAGCCAGGUGUGGUGGCAGCUGUCUGUCAACUGCAAAUCUUUGUAUCUUCAGCAUCCCUCUGUCUAUUCUUUAUAGCCCAGCUUUAGGAAAAUUGCCCAUACUCCUCCACACCCUUUUAUUUAUACAAGCUCCCCCUUAACAUUGGCUUCCACCCCUCACCGGACACAGACAUACCCAGCACCUGGCCUCCACCACCUCCGUGCUCUCUCCUAUGACAUGCCUGCUCUUCUGGUGAACCCCAGAACCCUCUGGUGAGUUCUAGGCCUUACCCCCCAACCAGACACAGUUUGACCCUUGGAUCCAGAUCCAGAUGUCUCUGCCAUUGGUGGCCACACCCUGCCCAUCCCUUUCCAGCCCCUCACUACUUUUCCCCACUCAGCAGCAAUGCUCGGCCUCACACCCCAAUAACUCCUAGGCCCUAACUGGGUUUCCUGUCUAUAGUCAUGCCCGCCACCCAGAUACCAUGUCAAGAACCAAAGUUCAGUCUAAGUAUGAAGUUGCGCCAAUACCACCCACUCACCCCCAUGCAAAACCUUUCUUUAAUGGGAGUCCCCUGGGUGCACCCGUGUUUUCCAGGAGGCUGCCUUUCCCCGCAUCCCUGUCAAAAUAGCUUGUAGUUUUCUGAAGCCAGGUUUACAAAUCCAGGUCCAGUCCUCCAGGAAGUCCCGGAAAGCCUCCUGGCUUCCUGCUUCCCCUUCCAGGCUGCUGUCCUUCUGCGCAGUCCUUCCCAGGAUUCACUGCGCAGGGCUCUGUCCUCACGCCACAUUCCUCAGUGUGACCGCAUCAUUCCCACUCUCCAUCCUGAAGACAGGGCCUUUCCUACCCGCUCACCCACCUAGACAUCCUGGACCUAGCAGGAAGCUUGGCCACACUGUGACCAAUGAUGCCAAGAUAAUAGCCAAGUAGACACUGACCAACAGCUUGACCUGGGGCUGGCAACCCACAGGGGCAAGGACGGAAAGCUAAGUAGCUGCCCAAAAGGCCAAGACUCCACCAGCAGGCCAGGAGCCCCCUUUCCCACUCUGUAUGCUGGCAUCCUGGCAUCAUAGCUUUCCUUGAGCUUGCCUGCUUUUUGUUUUGUUUUGUUUUUGUGAUCAUUUUAUAAACAAAACCUAAAACCUGUCCUGGGUUCUAAUUUGUAUGUCUUUGCCUACUAGUAAAGGUGAAUGUUUUUCCAUGUAUUUGCCUACUAAAUGUGUUUUUCUCCCUUUGAGGAUUUAGCUGCUGGUUUGACAAACACUGUUGAGGGAAGUUGGUCUUUUAGGAGAUGGCUCUAGGGGUGGAAUGGGGAUUGAGCUGGCUAAGGUCACAUGGAGGCUACAGAAAACAGGAAGGACAGAGACAAAGGGGCCAAGGGACGCCAAUCUGGGCGCUACCAAGGGCCAAGAAGAGACUCCUGUGGCAGCUCCUCCUGACUGCAUUUGGCUUCUUAGGCCUGUACCUAUACAGGCUCGGUAGUCUCAGGUCCUUAGAAGUCUUCAUCCCCAUGGGCAUCUGCCCUAGGGCCACAAUGCCUCUGCUGAGGGACAACUUCACAGGUGUCCUGCGACACUGGGCCCGGCCUGAAGUCCUGACCUGUACCUCUUGGGCAGCACCGAUCAUUUGGGAUGGUACCUUCGACCCACAGGUAGCCGAACAAGAGGCAAGACGGCAGAACCUCACCAUUGGACUGACUGUCUUUGCUGUAGGCAGGUACCUGGAGAAGUACCUGGAACACUUCCUGGACUCUGCAGAACAGCACUUCAUGGUGGGUCAGAGCGUGGUGUACUACGUGUUCACUGAUCGCCCGGAAGCAGUGCCCUAUAUGACGCUGGGCCAGGGUCGCCUGUUGCGGGUGGAACGUGUGCCACAAGAGAACCGCUGGCAGGAUGUGUCCAUGGCGCGCAUGCGCACGCUACACGAGGCGCUGGGAGGGCAGCUGGGGCAAGAGGCUGACUAUGUUUUCUGCCUGGACGUUGACCAACACUUCACCAGUAACUUCGGGCCCGAGACACUGGCCGAUCUGGUGGCGCAGCUGCACGCCUGGCACUACCACUGGCCGCGGUGGCUGCUGCCCUAUGAGCGGGACAAGCGAUCCGCGGCUGCCCUGUCGUUUGGCGAGGGCGACUUCUACUACCACGCGGCCUUGUUCGGGGGCAGUGUGGCGGCACUGCGCAAGCUGACGGCUCACUGUGCGCUUGGCCAGCAGCUGGACAGUGAGCGUGGCGUCGAGGCGAUCUGGCACGACGAGAGCCACCUCAACAAGUUCUUCUGGCUGUACAAGCCCACCAAGGUGCUGUCGCCCGAGUUCUGCUGGGAUCUGCAAAUUGGCUGGAGGACAGAGAUCCACACCCCUCGCCUGCUCUGGGAGCCCAAGGAGUAUGCACUGGUGCGAAACUAGCGCGUUCCCCUGGCAGGCCGGUGCGGCAGCAUCUUUCAAGACCAUGAAGCCAGUUAGAGCCUCUGAAAGGGGGACUUUGGAACUCAGAGGUCUUGAAAAGAGGUUCCUGUUCCUGGGGCCUAGAGACCUUGUUACCUACAGCUGGCCGGCUGGGCGACUCCCUUUGCUUUAACCAGAUACAAAUUACGGAAAAGCAAGAGGAAGCUCUUCCCCCCAGAAUCUACUUUGGCAGCUCUUGUAUCCCAGGUGUUUGUCAGCAGCAGCCACAGUAAUAAGGAGGCGGGAGGCAGGAGGCGCGAGGCGCUUCCUAGUGUUAAACCUUUUGCCUAGGACCGGGCGGCAGCAGUGUACGCUUUUAAUUCCAGUGGUGUGGGAUUCCCCUCUGUAUACUAUGAAUAUGUUUUAUUAGCAUUGGUUAAUAAAGAAGCUGUUUUGGCCUAUGGCAGGGUAGAAUAUAGCUAGGCGGGAAAACUAAACUGAAUACAGGGAGAAAGAAGGUGGAGUCAGGCAGAUGCAGUGGUAGCCGCCCAAGAAGCAAGAUAUGAGGUAACAAACCAGGAGUCUGGCGGUAAGAUAUACAAUAAUAGAAAUGGGUUAAUUUGACAUGUGAGAGCUAGCUAGGAAUACACCUGAGUCUUUGGUCAAACAGUGUUGUAAUUAAUAUAGUUUUUCUGUAAUUAUCCAGGCCUGGGUGGCCAGGACACGGAAGUGCAAUCUCCAUUUACAUCCCAGCAGCUGGAAGGCAGAGGCAGGUGGAUCUCAGUGAGUUCAAGGCCAACCUGGUCUACAAAGUGAGUUCUAGGACUACUAUACAGAGAAACCUGUCUCAAAAAAGCAAGCAAACAAACAAACAAAAACACCUUUUUUCCUAGGCCUUGGGGUCAAGGCCUGUCUCAGUUACAGCCUCUGAGUGGGCUUAGGUAUCAGGGUCCCCAGACCUUGCCAGUGACUUGUGUGUCAGCCACUGAGCCGUCACUAUCUGAGGCUUGACCGCUAUCUAGAGCCAUUCCUGUGACCAGAGCCUGCCGUGUCUCCACUCUUGGGCCUCAGCUCUUCUUCCUCUCGGCCUCUGCUGUCCCUCUUGUUCAACUGCCUCUUCCUUCACCUUAAAGCAGGCUGCUGGCUUCUGCUUCCGCAGCUGGCAGCUGGCCUGGCUGACCCAGUGAGCACUUCCCCUUCAACUCCUGAGCAGUUGUCACUGGUGUCGCUUGGCCUGCUGACCCCUCGGCCAACUCCUGCUGUCUCUUCCUUUGCCACUGCUAAGCUGUCCCUAUGCUAACGUGUUCUUCGUGUUACGAGAUCAGCCCUCACCCUUAAACGCUGGCAAGACCAUUCACGAGAAGCCUUUUAUAGACAGUGCAAUGUCAGGGAAGUAGCAGGGGAGAGCCUGAUCCAUCUUCCCUACCCCCACCCCUACUGGCGCACUAAGAGCCGCUGAACAUCUGAUUCUAUAGCCAUAAAACCCAGUCUUACUUCUCCACGAUACUCACAGCCCCUUCUGUUAGACCGCCUCUCUGCGUGGUUACAGAGUCUUCUAGAGUUCAUAAAGGCUUUGACGGCAAAAAGUCUGUUUCAGAUAACCAUGGUAAAGGCUGUGCCUUCGGGAGCCAGUCACCAGCUGUGACUGUUGUGUGGCCUUCUCAAGGUGUCCGUGGGCUGUGCGAGACGGCUGCUGCGGGCAUGAGGGCACUCUGGAUGGCUGUUUGUCCAACGGCCAGCCCUUUGCUUGA